AUGAACAAUGACGACAUAUACGUAAGGGAACAGGAUCGUUGGCUUCCAAUUGCUAAUGUUGGAAAAGUAAUGAGAGCAGCACUCCCUCCAUAUGGAAAACUAUCCAAAGAGGCUAAAGAAUGCAUGCAAGAAUGUGUAAGUGAGUUCAUAUCCUUCAUAACAUCACAAGCAGCGGAAAAAUGUACGCUGGAGAAGAGAAAAACUUUGAACGGAGAGGAUAUUCUCCUAGCCAUGAACACACUGGGGUUCGAAAAUUAUGCCGCAACUCUGAAGAUUUAUCUGGCAAAAUACAGAAACUAUGAGAUAUUCAAGAGUGAAAAGAGGAGGGAGAAAUAUCAACGGAGGAAGAAAAUGAAGCGUUUGGAAGAGCAACAGCAGCAACGUGGUUUACAAGGCUUGAUCACGGAUAGUAAUCUCAACAACGUGGAGAAAAUGAACAAAAACCUCUUAGAAGAUUCUGAUGUUUCCCCUGACUCAAAUCCUCCACUGCCCCUUCCUUCGACCAACAUUCUCCAUGAAAUUGAACCCGAAGAGUUUAAUGACCUCGAUUUCACUUCUGAAUCACAAUAUGAUUCUGAGUCCCUAAUACCUGAACCGGAAAACCAAAAUAAACCAUCUCGUAGUACUACCUCAGGCAGAGUAGAAGACCUGUUAGACUACGGAGAAAUAUUCAACUAA